AAAAUUUUCCUAUGUCUAUUAAUAGCUCAAAAACAAUUGAAAUAUUUGGAAAAUUUAAUGAUGAAUAGUCAAUAGAUAAUGGUAGUAUAAAAAUUCGGUGAAUAUUUUAAGUACCUAUCCAUAGUUGUUAUAGUUCAUAGUUAAACCUAAAAAACUAAAGAUUUUGCCGAAAACAGUUUUUCCAUAAUUUUUUUUCCUUGAUUUUGUAAACACUUUGGAAUAUUCUAUUUUGACUUUUUUAAAGUACCAACUUGAUUCAAUUUACCACUAGAAAAGAUCUUGUAGUUGAUAAUUGUAGUAUUAUUUCGACUACUUAAUGUUUAUAACCAAAAAAACUCAUCAGUGCAAAAUUUAUACAUUCAGAUUUAAUUAUCGAUCAAAAAAUAGUCGCUUAGUCAAAUAGUUUGUAAAUUUAAUACAAGUUUCCUCAAAAGUUGUUCCGUAGAAUGUGGUAAUUUUGAUUUCUUUGGGCUACUUUUAUACACUUAUAUUUAUAUUCACCAGAACACCAUGAUGAUUCAAAUUGUUCUUCAUAAAAUACAUUUACUUUGAUAACACAUUAAGAAAUGUAAGUAUCAAAAUUGCCCACAACGUUGCAGUAUAACUUUUAUAGCAUUUUAAAAAGAUUAAUAUUUCAGAAUAUAACAUCAGAAUUAUAACGUUAAAAAAUUGAGGAUAAUUAGGUUGCAAGUUAUAUAAUAAGCGAAUUAUUUCACAAAGCUAGGUACAAUUACGCCGGUUUUUCCAUAAAAAUCAAUAAAAUAACCCCCCAAAAUAUAAUAAUAUAUAAAUACUAAAUAAUCCUAAAAAUCCGGGAUGAUCAACUAUGACUACAAUACUAUUUUAGGUACACUGUAUACAAUUUUUUUUUCAACUCCAAAGCUGUACCAAUAUAGGCUAUAUUUUAUCUCCCUCCUCAAAGAUUGCCUACCUUAUAAUAUACUGUUUGCAUUACCAUAAGCAAAACUCACGGGCAACGCCACGCGGGAUAGCAAAAAAUUAAAAUAUAAUAUGAUUUUGCUUCCAUACCUAUGCAGAGCGAAUUACACCCAAAAGGAGUUAAUUAAUCACAAUUUUUUUUUUCAUUAAGGGUUAUUCAGCUAGUGGUAUAAUUAAUAUAUUAUAUAGUUAUGGUUACGCGGCGUUCUAGAUAGAUAAUUAAGCUACAGAACUGUCGUGAGACCAUUUGUCCAGUAUCUCGAAGAAUAUGGACAAUAAAGACAAAUAAAAAUCGAUGUAAGAUAUAACGUGUAUAGUUAAGAUUUUAACAUGAGUCUGUGAUAUACAUUUUUAUCAUUUAAAUAAUAUUUAUCAUUUAGUAUCUUAUAAAAUAAUAUUAUAAUAUAGUUAUAAGUUAUAGAUAAUGGAUGAACCGAAAUAACAGGUUGGUGGUUUCAACAGUGGCGGCUAUCCUAUGGCUAAUAUCUUAAAAAACGAUGAUUACAAUGCUUUUGAUCAAACAUUACAUAAGGCUCUGAAAAUGGCUAAUGAUUUAAAGAAUGUUGAGGGUAUUACACAUGUAUAUGUCAUAUGAUGUGUUAGCAAAUGGAGCAUUUGUGAACAAGGAAUAUGAAAAUGCGAAAGACAUAUUUACCAAAGUCAUUGAACAGUUAAUUGAACAAGGAGGCCCUAAAAAUUAUCUUAACAUUUUACACAUAGGUCUUAAAAUUUCUAAAAUUUACGAAGUUCAAAAAGAUUACAAGUUUCAAUAUACAAAAUCAAUUACAACAAAUGAAUUUCAAACGACAAUACUGUUCAAGGCAGAUGGCAACAGAGCAACAGGAAAAUGCUCUUAUUAUUUUUAUUGAUGACCAGAUUUUGGAAUAUCCAAAGAAGGUGAUAUCAUAUUUAUUGCCACUGAGGAAAUGGAGAAAUGAAGGUUGGUGAGGGACAGCAAACAUCUUCCACUUAAUAUUGAUGCAGUCAAACCUAGACCAGAAGAUUGCUGUGUGAAUUGUUUGAGUAAUGUUAACAAUCAUACUUUGUAGAAGAAAUGUCGAUGUUGAGAUUGUUGAGGUGAUAUUAUUCAUCAACGUUGUCCAGUAUCUUAAUUUAAAUAUAGAAAAAUACAUGAUAUAACACUGAUAACAAAAAAUAAAUACAUAACACAUGAGUUAAGGAGUAGAAAAAUAAAGUAAAAUUGACAAAAUACUUUACUUUAAUUAAUCUUGAGAUAUAUCAAAAAAUCAACAUACAUAAUAUGACACAAAAUUAGCUAUAGAUAGGCUCUAGGGAAAAAAGUUCCAGCUGCUAAAUUAGUUUUAUAUUUAUGUAAUAAAAAUUAUAAUUACAAUCUCGUUACCCUUUAAAGACAAAAGUCAUCAAUUGACUAUUUUAACACAAAUACGUAAAACGUCUAGUGAUGUCUUUACUUUAAGCAAAAUAUUGAUAUUUUUCUAAAAACAAUUCACUCCGUGCAAUCUAUACAACAUAAUAUUUUUCAUUUGUUAAACUGAAGUAUGAAAUACAACUUGAAAUAAUAAUCCAGGAUAAUCGAUUUUAUAAUUAAUAAGGUCAAAAAUAAACAUUAUGUCAGAAACUUUCCGCCUAAUUUCACAUGUGUCAAGGCCAAUUGAGAGAAAUCAAUGAAAACAAAUCUCUAGAAAUAAGAAGCAUCAUUUUAAAAGCCAAUGAUUUAAAAAAAUUUAAAUUGUACAUAUUCAAUUUUUGAAAUUUAAAUGCAUAAUUAGGAGACCAAAUUUGUGAACCAAACUCUAAGUAUGAACUAAUCAAAGAACCCGGGCUGGAUUGUUUGACUACAGUCAGUUGUGCUCAAUAUUUUACCGGCCCAAGAAUACCAUUGAUUAUAAAUACUAUAGAUUGCUCACUUGCCAGUUUUUCGGUGUCACGAAAUAUUUACUCCCUGUAGAUGGCGAGGCGAUGUGACUAUUAGCGAUUACAACGUUGCCCAAUGUUACUAACCACAAUCUCACGCCCAUUAACACGGUCGCCUGAUUUAGUCAGUUCGGAUAACGUAAUCGCUAAUAGUCACAUCGCUUCGCCAUCUACCAUUAGUAAAUAUUUUGUGACCCCGAAAAACCGGCCAGUGAUCAAUCUACAGUAUUUAUAAUCAAUGGUAAUACCAUAGCCAGUGGGUCACUGUGGACACUUUCCUCCUCUCAAAAUCAUUACGAACAAUUAAGAUUUAAAAUAUGUAGUUAAAUAACAACAUAUUGGCUAAACAUCAAUAAAUUUACAUAUUAUAAUACACAUCAUAUUUAUUUAUUUAUUUAUACAU